GACACCAUGCGUGAUAUGCAUGAUAAAAUCUACAGAGAGGCUGAUGACUAAAUAAACAGGGGGUUAAGAGGAAAAAGAAUUAUGAGCUGCUUCAGCUGUUGUGAUAAUGAUGAUAUGCAUAGACCUGCUGAUAGUGGAGGCCCUUUCAUGCCAAAUAAUUCAGCAGGCAAUAAUGGAAAUUAUAAUGCCACAGAAGCAGUACCCAAGGGUGCUCAGACUGUGAAAGUUCAGCCUAUUGCUGUCCCUGCCAUUCCAGUAGAUGAACUGAAGGAAGUUACAGAUAACUUCGGGACAGAAUCUUUAAUCGGAGAGGGAUCAUAUGGUAGAGUAUAUCAUGGAGUUCUACAAAAUGGGAAUGCUGCAGCCAUCAAAAAGCUAGAUGCCAGUAAGCAACCUGACCAAGAAUUUUUAGCUCAGGUUUCCAUGGUGUCAAGGCUCAAACAUGAAAAUGUUGUUGAGUUGGUUGGUUAUUGUGUUGAUGGAAAUCUUCGUGUCCUUGCAUAUGAGUUUGCAACAAUGGGAUCACUUCAUGAUAUUCUUCAUGGACGGAAAGGUGUCAAAGGUGCACAACCAGGUCCUGUUCUAUCAUGGGCACAACGAGUAAAAAUUGCUGUGGGGGCUGCGAAAGGACUUGAAUACUUGCAUGAAAAGGCUCAGCCUCACAUUAUCCAUCGAGACAUUAAGUCCAGCAAUGUUUUACUAUUUGAUGAUGAUGUUGCUAAGAUUGCUGAUUUUGAUUUGUCAAAUCAAGCUCCAGACAUGGCAGCACGUCUUCAUUCCACUCGUGUUCUUGGAACUUUUGGUUAUCAUGCCCCAGAAUAUGCAAUGACUGGACAGUUGAGUUCAAAGAGUGAUGUUUACAGUUUUGGCGUUGUCCUUUUGGAGCUCUUGACUGGGCGUAAACCCGUUGAUCAUACAUUACCACGGGGGCAACAGAGUCUGGUGACAUGGGCGACCCCAAGACUUAGUGAAGACAAGGUGAGGCAGUGUGUUGACACAAGACUAGGGGGGGACUACCCUCCAAAGGCAGUUGCCAAGAUGGCUGCUGUGGCUGCUCUGUGUGUGCAAUACGAAGCUGAUUUUCGGCCAAACAUGAGUAUUGUAGUCAAAGCUCUCCAGCCUUUGUUAAAUGCUCGGGCUGGUCCUCCUGGAGAAGCCCCAGGCUUGUGAAUUUCCUGUGUCUCUUGUUACUCUUAUUGAAAUAUGGCAUUCACAAUGUGGCUGUAGAUUGUAUACCAUCAUUUAAAAAAAAAAAAAUACAUCAUUGAUUUUGAACUGUAAUGUAUUUAAAUUGUGUCCAGUGAUGAAUUGAAGAAGUGAUGGAAGGCUGUAGUGUACAGAUUGUUGUUUUUUUUU